AUGCCGAACCCCUUCGACCCAAAAACAGAUAAAUCCACUGUAAACCCUCCGAAGGGUUACAAAUUACACCCCGACCAUGUUCAUUUCCAAAAAUAUCUUCAGCCACAACACCCCAUUUGGAAGAAUGAGAAAUCACUUCGUUCUUUUCAAGCUGAGAUAGGGUUUUACCUCCAACCCUGGUGGCAUGCAGAGCCGAAGUAUCUUCCCCAGCAUGCUGAAAAGCUAGGACUUCGGGAAGCUACCCCGAAACAAAUGAAGGAAGAGGGUAUUCGGGCGAUUACUAGAGGGUCACGAUGCUAUUCGGCGGAUGAGUCGGCGACGAAGCCAAACUGUCAUGUCCAGUUUUGUGUUUCGGCUUUCAAUUACACGCAUCCCGAAGUGAAAUGUGUCAAUGUACCUGAUGGUCGACCAGUGUUUCUCAACCGUUGGGACGAAGGAAAGUUUCGUGUCUGUGUCCACUGUUAUAACUCCACAAAGCCCCCUCUCACCUGCUCCCUCAAGGGCAAGCCGACCAAUUUCCUUGUCGAAGAGUCCUCCGAAAGUGAAAAACGGCCGAAAAAGUCAUCACAAGGUCAGGACAAGCCUGAGGACAGCUCGGAUUCUGAUUCGGACUCAUCGGACUCUGAACAUUCACGACAUCCCUCCCCUCCGAAACCUCGCCGGCCAGCCACCACAACACGCUCUACAAGAGCUUCGGCUCCCAAGAAAUCGGUUUCUCCCCCCCCUCCCGAAAAAGGAAAAGGAAAGGGAAAAGAAAAAGCACCCCCUGCAACUUCCACGGCGAUUGGGUUCUCAAAUGCGCCACUGCAGGAACCGGUAGGACCGAAGGACAAGCGUAGGACUGCUAGGGGAGGCACUGUCGCAGCUGGGGAUGCGGCAAAACCCCGUCCGAAAUGGGUUGUCAGACCUUCUCCAAAACCUCUCACCGAAGCGCCUACGUCUGCUAGAGAGCAACCUCGUUCGGAGGGAGAAACAGAACUGUCUUCUCCAGCUGGUCCUAUUCUUGUUCAAGAUUCCAGCUUGGGUCAAGAUGAUGGGGAAGAAAGACCUCAACCGGAACAAUCUACAGCCCGAAAUGAGAGGCCACGAUUCCCUCCCCGCCCUCCAAAAUUUGCCGAUGUUGUUCCCGAAAAGGAACCCUCCGAAACCGCCCCCCCCGUUUUCUCUGCAGGUUUGCCAGCUGGGGUUUCUCCCAUACUUGUCCGAAGUAGUCCUGUUCAUCCUCCUGUGAACAAGCGUGCCCUGGAGGAUGUAGAAGAGUCCCAGCCCGAACCGAAACGGGCUCGGCCGUUCUCCGUUGAACAAGGUCCUCCCCAGCCCGAAAUGGAUCUUACCUCCGAAAAGGUGCCCACAAUGUCCCCUGUUGGUCCUGUUCCUUCUCCUGCCGUAUCUCUUCGACAACAACCCGUUCCCUCUGCUCUAGACCCAUUUAUAGCACAAACACAGACCAUUUUGGGUGUUACAUUGCAAGAAUCACCAACAAUCCCUUCGCCUCACAAAGCUAAAAGUGUCACACCCGCCCCCUUCCCCAGCCCCUCCCCUGCUCCGAAAGCAGGCCCUCCUCCAAACCUUCAACCUGGGUCUUCUUCUCUCGUCUCUGGCCCUCCCCAAAUCUCCCCACUACCUACCUCACUACACACGUUUGCAGCGGUAAAGCAGUGGCUACAGCAGAAGGGCCUGGAUCGAUCAGGUGUGCAGAGUCAUCCUGGUCCGAACCCAUCGACCAAUGUUCCGAAACCCACGAUGGCUCCGAAACCCAUAGUUCCUCCAAUCUUUGCUUCCCAAUCGGCCCCCCCUCAGACUCCACCUCCCACUUCUCUCCUUCGUUCUCACUCAGAAUUCGUUGGCUCUGGUCCCACAGCUUUGCCAGGUCAGAUACCCUCCAUUCCUGUCACUUCGGUCAAUGUGGUCAGUAAACUCCCUCAAAUGAACCCACCACUCCAGCCCGAAUUUCGGACCGAAAGGCCCACUGUCCCUUCUUUGGACCAGCCUGUACCCGAAAAGGUUGUCCCUUACAUCCCAGCUCCACCGUCUACCAUGCCCGAAGUUGAACAGUGUCUGCAUCGUAUGAGUGAGUUUCAAGAGACUCAGGCUCAGUUUGAGGAGCAAUUCUCUUCCCGAAUGGUCGCUCAAGUUUCCGAAAUGAUAGACUAUUACCGAGAAAUCAACCGAGGACGGCAUCAAGCCUACUCCGAAAGUGUCACACAAUCACUUUCGGGUGUGAGAGCUAUCAAUGGGACAUGGAGCGAAUUCAAAGCGCGGUAUGACUCGGUGGUUUCUGAAAGAGAUGUGGCUCAAGGAGAGGUAAAGACACUGGACCGGCUGUACAAAGAGCAGAUUGAUAAGAAUGAGGAAAGAGAUCAUGCUGUUGCCCGAGUCACCGCCGAAAAAGACGCCGAAAUUGCUUCAAUCCGAAAGCAGUUGGAGGAGACACAGGAAGGGCUCAAGACUAUGAGCCAGAGGUUCGCUAGUGCAAUGGGGGAUAAGGAAAAGGAGGCUCAGGCUCGUCAGUCUGCUGAACAGCGGUGUUCAGAUCUGGCCAGACAGAUGGCUGAGAAGGAAAACACCGAAUUGGAAACUCUCCGAGCUCGUCUUUCGGAGGCCGAAGCCGCUAAGUUGACAAUGCAACAGCAAAACGGCGAGGCAUUGCAGUUUGUGCAAAUUACCGCUGCCAUGCAAAAUGAGACUGAGAUGGAGAAUGUACGGUUGAAGGAACUCAAAGAGCAGUUGGAGGGAGGAAAUGAGCAGUUACGGGCAGACCUUCAAGCGGAUCAAGAGGAGUGGUGUUACGGGGUAACAACGAAUCGAGAGGACUCUAUCGAGUUCGACGGAUUAGGACAGAGGAAAGCGGGAGUUGGAGGCAGUGCUGCAGUAGGUAGGGACGGGUUUUCCCUUUUCGAGAUUUCCCCACUGGGUUUGCUCAAAAGCGGUUUUUCACCUGUCCGAAGGAGACACGAUCCAUUAGCACCAGAGCCCCUAGACUUCCACGAGACCUCCAUCGAGUUCGACCCAACCUGCGACCUAGUCGUCGUGUUUCCAGUACCGUUACAAGUUGAAGAAUCAGCCUUACGCACCUUGGGUCGAAUCGGAGAGUACUGUAUGCUCACCAGAGGGAAAGCGCGGAAAAUGAUACCAGGAAAAGAGGAGUUGGAACAAGGGCUGGUCCCAGAGGAAGAAAUACCAACAAGUUCUUCGAGAAGUACCAUUUCACAUGAUCUCACUUCUACUACCACUACCCCAGAUCCGCUAAAUGAAUUAUCGCAGCAGUUGUCACAAUUGUUAGCCAUUAUGACGAUGCAACAAAAGGAACAAAAUGCAUUAAGGGAAGAACUGGCUACGAUGAAAGCUGACCGACAGAACCAACAGAUACUCACAUCGAAAGGGGCAAGUUUGAUCGAAGUCGAAGAAAACAAGCCGUGUUUGGAGCCAAAACUUACCAACAACGAACAAACAGGAAGAACCAGGUGUGCGGAUCCACCUACCUUCAGUGGAGAACGAGGAGAAUUGGACAACUUCCUUGCAGCAUGUCACAUGAACUUCGAAUUCAAAGGGGCAGAGUACGCCACCGAUCGCAGAAAGAUCCUGUUCAUGUACGGGUAUCUUCGAGGCACCCCUCAAAUGCUUAUAACCCCGGCCAUAACCAAUCCAACUACUGAAAGUGGUAGUGGUAAAUAA